GAGCCUGUUAACUCGCUGCUGCUGUUUCCUCGAAACUGAAGACAGCUCUGACAGAAGUGCCUUGUGCCUUUUAGCAUAGUUCUUCAUCCUCAGUGUGAUACUAACCGCUGUAGGGUAGUACCCCAGGCCGCUUGGAGCAGAGACACCCCCAGGUCCCAGACAGCGGGCCCCCCCUUCAUGGCCCCGUGGCCCUGUGUGUCCUGACAUGCCAGGCAGCAGCAGCAGCACAUGCCAAGCCCCAACAGGCCAGCCAUGGAGCAGCAAGCCUGGAUACUGAGGGGCUUCCUGGCUCAAGUGGAGAGCAAGGAGGCUGAGGUGGAGGAGGCGGAGAGUGGCUUCACCGGGGAGUUCUUGAGGCUCAAACGCCAGUCCACCAAGUACCGCACUGACAAAACCUACCCCACAAAGAUAGCAGAUAAGCAGGAGAACGUGAAGAAGAACCGAUACAAGGACAUUGUUCCCUUUGACCACAGCAGAGUGAAACUGUCCCUCACCACCUCCAAGAACGAUAAUGACUACAUCAAUGCCAGCUUCAUCAAGGGAGUGUCAGGGGCCAGGGCCUACAUUGCCACCCAGGGCCCUCUUCCCCACACCGUGCUGGACUUCUGGAGGAUGCUCUGGGAGUACGACACAGAGGUCAUAGUGAUGGUUUGCAGGGAGUUUGAGAUGGGCAGGAAAAAGUGUGAGCGCUACUGGCCAAAGAAACAAGAGGAACCUUUUGUGUGUGACCCGUUUACUAUUUACUGCGACUCAGAGGAGAGUAAAGGAGACUAUGUGAGCAGGAACCUAAGAGUGACCUACCGCAAUUGGAGUCGUACCCUGAGACAGCUGCACUAUAUCAACUGGCCGGACCACGGGGUCCCUGACACCAUCCCUCCCAUCCUGGAGCUCCUGCAGGAGAUGAGAGCUUACCAGGCCCAUGAGGAUGUACCCAUCUGUAUCCACUGCAGUGCUGGCUGUGGAAGAACAGGAGCACUGUGUGCCAUCGACUACACCUGGAACCUGGUGAAAACACAGCUGCUCACAGAAGAAUUCAACAUCUAUGACCUGGUCAAAGACAUGAGAACACAGAGGCCUUCUGUGGUUCAGACCAAGGAACAGUACGAGCUACUAUACAGAACCAUCAAGUUCCUGUUUGAGAAGUACCUGCAGUCCAUGGCACCAGUCCCCCCUUCCUGUACAGAGGAGGUGCCAGCGGCCCCCUCACCCCCUACAGCCAGUGACAGUGAGCUCUCUGACCUCAGUGAGGAGUCUGAAGCUGAACAGGAACCAGAACCUAAAAUGGAACCACAGACAGAACACAGGCACACAGAGAGCGAGGAGCCUGGUGGGAUAUCCAAUCACGGCAUACCAGUGGCCUUCUUUGCCCCAGAAGUGCAUGUUGACCCACUGUGUGACGCGGCUAUGUGCUCCCCCUCAGCCAUCCUCAAUGCUCUGAGAGCUAGGGACAGCCAGAGGGAACAGCAGAAACCAUACUCCCUACAAACACAGACUGUGAACCAGAAACCACAACCCCGCAAGAAACAGCCCAAUAACAUGGCCGUCAAUCAGAGACCACCAUACCCGCUACUGACACAGCCUAAUUACCAGAGACCUUAUUUCCUACACACACAGCCUGCUAACCUGCCCACCAGCCAGGACCUGAGGCAAGAGCCCAGCCCCAGUAUCCCCAUCAUAACCCCUCAGGCACUCAGGCCUCAGGAGGUCUCUCAGAUAGCCAUGGAGCAAGAGAAGUUGGAGAUGGAUAGAGAGAUCACCCCACUGGAAAUACCAGUGCUUCCUGUGGACUUAUUCUCCAACUCCCUCUGUCUCACCAUGGAGGACCCCUACUUUGGGCCUGACUCAGCCCUGGCUGCUCAGGAUCCCAAAGGGUCUGAUGAUGAGGAGGAGCAGGCUCCACUGAGCCAGUGGACAGAGAACCCCUGUUUCAACGGACCCAGCCUGACCCUUAACAGCCAGCGGAUGGAGCUGCCAGCCCUCACCACCACCAACGCUGCCCUGGGUGCAGUUUCUUCAGAUGAAGACAGUCCACCUCCAUUACCUGAGAGAACUGCUGAAUCAUAUGUACUGGCUGCUGGUGCAGAGCGCUUGGAUAACAUCUCUAAACCUAAGAUGUUAGAAAUCAUCCUCCCUUCUAAUGCUGAAGCUGAGGCCCUCAGGGGGGGGAAUGGGAGUCCCCUGUCGCCUAUCCCCCCACUGCCAGAGAGAACGCCAGAGUCCUUUGUGUUGGCCAACGAUGCCGGUAGGAGCACUCCUGUCUUCCCUCCCCUCUCAGUCCCUGUAGAGAAGAUGGUCCAGGACAGGCCAAAGGACAGCAGGAUUGGAACAUCCUCAGAAUGGUGUGGCCAUUUAGGGGACACACCAGCUCUGGUGGAGAAGAGAUCUUGGACGAGGAGCAGGAGCUUAAAAGUUAAAAUGACAACACUCUCAGUAUCACCCCCGGUUACAGUGCCUCCCCUAGUUGUAUCUUCGGUUCCUGCUCCCUGUACAUCUAUAAACCUUCCUCCUCCCCCUCCCCACCCUCUGGUCCCUACUCUCUCACCUCCAGAGAGACUGACUCCGCCUCUACCUGAGAGAACCCCAGAAUCCUUCAUGGUGGUCGUGCAGGACGGUGAGCACAUCUCUUCAUCACCACCACCUUCGCAAUCAUCACUUGCAUUUGAUCAAAACAGCGCCCCCUGCCUGCAGAGUCUGAGCAGCCAGACCACAACCACACAGCAGAGGAUCGGUACGUCCUCAGAGUGGUCGGGGAACUCCCAACCCAAAAGAUUCCUGGAUGGAUUCAUGAAUCGGAGCAAGAGUGUCCGGUCAAAGAGUUCACGACAAGAGCACCUGGUGACUGUUCAUCUGGUUGCUCCAGCCGUUGUGGCCUUGGCGACAGCAGGAAGUGCUGAGUUGGAGCACCAGCAGCCAGUGGUCAACUGCAUCUCAACCAGCUCUGGUACUGCUGACAACAAAUCAGACAAGGACAGUGGGAAGGGCAUGUCUAGAACAAAGAGCCUGAAGUUCUUCAAGUACAGACAGAAACCAAAGACAGCCCCCCCACCAGCAACAGCCCACUCUGGAUCACCUCCUCCUUAUGGUGCCUCUGCCUCAUCAUCAGUGUUCAAAUUUGGAUUUGGGAGUCGUUUUGUGAAGCCUAAAGGGCCAAGGACUCACCCCGAGACGUGGUUUUAAGGCAGCCAGUCAACAAAGCUGGACACGUCUGGCCACUGUCCUGAGAUCACAGGGCUGGAACCCUGCACGUGGCUAGUCGAUACCGGCUACUCAACUGAACCAGUGAUAGCCUGGUCCCAGGCCUGCUGGUGCCGUUUUUCCAACUCCUGUGUCAUUAUCAAGUGAGACCAGUGACCGUUCCCAGACUAAUUAUCACAGUGUGAAGGAAGAGUAUUUCAUGAAGACAUGGAGGAUGACAUACUGUACUGUAGCAUUCUCCCUCUGCAUCGAUUCUGGAAGGACACAAGCACGGUUUCUCAAACUGCUGUUACGGCUCAGUGAUCAAUCUCUGAUGAGAUUUCUUUUACAGAACCACCUGCUAUUCAUGACAAAUUGAUUGUACUGUGGUUGCGAAAAACGCAAAUCCCAUUUUGGCAAAAGGAUGGAUGAGUUGAUAAAUAUGUUUAAGAGAGGGCUACUUUUUACUAUUUUGCCUGGUCAGAUACUGUAAGGUACUUUAAAUUGUUGUUAACACUUGAUACAUGUUAUAUCCAGAUAGUUUUACAUGCCUUUUGAUUGUGUAGUCUACUUUUGAUCCAGACAAAAGCUAGAUCUACACCUGCACUGUUCAGUGUGAAUGUUACCCACCACGAUGGGACAACUGUUUGUAGGAUAAAUAUAUUUGUACCGGUAAUAUUUUUCAUGGAGGUGUGAGAUAAGACCGAUACUGUACGUACAUCACGUUCAUUGUGUGUAAGUUGGUGGAUGUGUUUUCUUUACAGGCUAUAAUUUAAAAGCAAAUCCAAGACCAAUUGCUGUAAAUUUA